AUGAGUCUUCUCAAAGAGCGAAAACCGAAGAAGCCGCAUUACAUCCCAAGGCCUCCAGGAAAGCCCUUCAAGUAUAAAUGUUUCCAGUGUCCCUUCACGUGCAACGAGAAGUCUCAUCUUUUUAAUCACAUGAAGUAUGGUCUCUGUAAAAACUCUAUUACUUUAGUAUCAGAGCAAGAUCGAGUUCCCAAGUGCCCUAAAUCUAAUUCAUUAGACUCUCAGCAAACCAACCAGCCAGAUCCCACAGCUAAGCCAGCCUCUUCCAAGUCUACGACAAAUGGACUCUCCAACUUUGACUCAAAGCUUCAACUCAGCUUUGCGAAGGAUGAUGUCAGGGAAAACCAGGAGCCGCAGCCUCGGGGAACCCACAAGUGCCCAGGACAGAAGCCAGCACUCCAUAAGGAAACAGCACCCCUGAGCCCAGCUCCAGAAGCCGCCCUGGGGGCCCAGCCUGUGCUGGAAGGCAUGGCUCGGCCUUCAGCAUUUGUCCCAGUCGGAGAACACAGACUUAAAGGGCCCGAGAGCGCUGAGGCCCCUGAAAUGCUGGCUUUAACCAACCCCACUGCCAAAACCGCCUCCUUCCACACCAAGUCUGCAUUCCACACUCCUGGCUACCCCUGGAAAGCUGGCUCACCCUUCCUCCCACCUGAGUUUCCACAUAAAAUCCCAUCAACAAAGGGGUUCGGAGCCAUUUCCCCUUAUGUGCACCCCACAAUCCCAGAGUACCCGCCUCACUUUUACUCAGAGCAUGGACUAGCCACCAUCUACUCACCCUACCUGCUGGCCGGAAGCCCGCCUGAGUGUGACACACCUCUGCUGUCCGUCUAUGGGGCCCCAGAUCAAAGACACUUCCUGCCUCACCCCGGGCCAAUCCCCAAGCACCUGGCUCCAUCCCCAUCAACAUAUGACCCUUACAGACUUUUCCAGCAGUACCACUCUAACCUGCCAAUUCCUUAUGGGUUUUACAGACCAGAGUCCACGUUUCCCUCCUAUGGUCUCAGACUACCACCUGUCACCGGCAUUACACGAGAUGAAAGCUCUCACCUGCUGGAAGAGCCCUCCCUGGUCUACCCAGCCUCAAGUCCUUCCAAGUUAAACCCUUCAAACUCUCACAAAAAGCACACUGAGUUUGAGAAAGAAAAUCCAACUCCCGAGGCUGAAGAUCCUUCUGAAGAUGGGCAAAGGGAUACAGAAGGGGCCAAAAUGAGCCCCCGAGCUGGCAGCGCAGCCACAGGCUCCCCGGGAAGGCCAAGUCCCACCAGCUUCCCACAGACAAGCCAGACCUGCGACGGCCUGUGCGACCUCUCCAACAAGGCGGCCCCAGGUGCCCUGGGAAGACCCCGUCCACCCCAGCAGAGCCCCACAGCCUUCAAACCUAUCAGGAAAAGCACAGAAUGCCCUCAUGCAGACAGAGCAGAGUCUCCAGAAAGCCUCAAUGCUGUGAACGAAGACCUUUCCGCUCAGACAGGAAGCACCUCUCUUGUCAUGGAGGCCGCACCUUCCAGCCCAGAGCAUGGCUCCAGAACAGGCCCCCUCAACCUCUCCAAGAAAUCAGAGACAAAGCUGGCAGCCACUCUCAGACCUGUGUGCCCAGGAAGCACCCAUGCAGAAGCCCCGCCCUUCUCAGAGCUGCAGGACCUGCCCCUCAAUCUCUCAGUGAAGGACCCCUGCAACGCCUGGACUCCCAGGCCUGCCUUCCCUAGCCCACCACAAGGAGCAGAACUCGCUGCUGCUGCUCAAAAAACUGAAACAGAAAGUUCUGGAGACAGGCCAAGCCACACCGAGCCAAAGCACAAUGGCUUCAACACCAAGGAGGCCCUGUUGACGAGCCCCAGCGAGAAGGCCCCAUCCGCACAUGCAGUGGACACCAGUGACGAGCAGAAGCAGACAGCAGCUGUGGCCCUGUGUCAGCUGGCAGCCUACAGCCCCAGGAACAUACAGGUGGGCGAUGGGGAGCCCACAGCCCAGGAGUUUACCUGCCAGCAAGACACACCCCCUCUCAGUUCCAAGGAAAACCAGGAGGCUCAGAGUGACCUCAGACCCAAAGGACAAAAGAGAACAAGUCAACGGGAUGCAGGAAAAUCCCAACAGGGAACUAAAAAAAUGAAGGCCAAUGACACAGUGAGAGUGUUCACCCUCCGAAAAAGAACACGGGUGUCUUAA